CCUACGACAUCUGACCUAAAUAUGAAGUCAUCCAGUAGGAUUUUCCAAUGUAUACUUCAAAUCCCUGCUCGCACAGCCAUCCUGUAGCGACUAUCUUGAACUUGACUUGCUGACGAGGUUGCUUGUCGGAAUUGUUUGACGUACGCAACAGUCACACUUCCGCUCGGGUGGGACGGGACAACAUUUGCACAUAUUUCUCUCUCUUUUUCUCUCCCCCCCCCCCUUCUGGAAAUGAGUCGUUUUCAUCAUCAUCAUCAUCAUCAUCAUCCGAAGUGCAGCGUCUUGCUUUUAAUGCUCACGUCGUAACGUUUUUUUUUUUGGAGAAGAUUUCAUCUUUGCAGAAGACUGAAAACGACGAUGGCGGAGAAACAGAAAAGCAGCGAACUCCAGUUUAUAAAGGAGCUGGUGGAUGAAUUGUACAAGUACAGAGAUUGCUACUUUGAGACUCACAGUAUGGAGGAGGCGCCCAGAAAACAACAAGACGUCGCACGAGAGUUGGAAAGGGUGCUGAAAAGGCUGCAGGAGACAGAAGAAAGCUACAAGCACAAAGCAGAGUUCCUGCUGCAGAAGGGCAGGUGCCUGAACGUCGCUCCGGAUUUCAGCGCCGCCGCCGAGGAUUGCCUGUCCCGCGCAGUGAAGCUGGAGCCCGGCCUGGUGCAGGGCUGGAACACUCUGGGAGAACAGUACUGGAAAAAGGGUGACCUGACGGCUGCCAAGAACUGCUUCAUGGGGGCCUUGCAGCAGAGCAAGAACAAAGUGUCUCUGCGAAACAUGUCCAUGGUUCUGAGGCAGCUCCCGGCGGCGGACGCCGACGCGCACAACAAGCAGGUUCUGGAGAGCGUGGAGGUGGCUCGGCAAGCUGUCCAACUGGACCUCACCGACGGCACGUCCUGGUGUGAGUCGGCCGAGCGGUCGGUCGAAAAGGGUUUGCGAUCCGUCGCUCUUAACUGCUCCUUGUGCGUCUUUUCAGAUAUUCUAGGCAACGCCUACGUGUCCCUCUUCUUCUCUUGCGGACAAAAGCCGCAAUUGUCCACGCAGGCUCUCAGUGCCUUCGCGCAAGCCGAAAGAGUGGACAGCGUCGCCGCUUGUUACCCCGAGCUUCACUUCAACCGAGCCACCCUGUUCCAGUACGAGGAAAUGUUCGGGUCGGCGCUGGGGGGCUACAGCCGCGCGGCCGCGCUGGACCCCGGCUGGCCGGAGCCUGCGGAGAAAGAACGGCAGCUGAUGGAGUACCUCAGUAACACCGCAGAACUCUGCCAGAAAAAGGGGAAGGUGAAGGCGCGGCGUUUACGCGGCAUGCUCUCCGGCCUGACCGCGUCGUCCCUGGGCCCGUGUUCCUCUCCCGACUUCCGCUCGUGGACGGGCCGCGUGGGCGCCCUGGAGCCGCGCCCGUCGAGCUCGCUGGCGCACGGCGUCAACGGCGGAGCGGCCGUCGUGGGGAAGGUGGUGUUCAGCCUGGCUUCCCGGGGCCGCAUGGCUUUUACGUUCGGCAUGGUGGACGGCGAGGAGACGUGCGUGGCGGUGAUGGUCUACAACACGGCCGACAGCUGGGGCGUCCUCAUCGGAGACACCGUGGUCGUUCCCGAGCCUCGUGUCAAAUGUCACAGUAUCACGCACAAAGGCGCGUCCUUUGACUUCAAGAGCGUCCGCGUGGACUCUCCCAUGUGCCUCGUUGUCAACGGAAGGCCGCAAAAUGUUCAGAGUGUGAUCGUCACUUCCGUCAGCUACAAGCCUCAGAGUGAAUGAAGACAGAAUUUGGGGAGGGGCGGGGGGGGCCGUGCGUCCAUCGUUGUUUUGUACAUAGUGCCCAGCUUAUUUAUUUGAAGGCUUGAUGCCAAUUGUCAACGAUGAAUGGUUGGAAAAUAAAGUUCCGCCCGUUACGCUGCUGUCGAUGGCGGUCCAACUGUUUGGAGGUUGAUGUGGAUCACAUGAAUCC